GAGAGACUGUACGACAGCACCGUGGCCCCGCUCGUGGAGGAGAUGCUGGAGGGAUUCAACUGCACCAUCUUUGCCUACGGGCAGACGGGCACGGGCAAGACCUACACCAUGACCGGGGGUGAUCUGGCGCAGGGCUCGGCCGAGAUGACCGACUCGGCAGGCGUCAUCCCACGUGCCAUCCACCAGGUUUUCUCCUACCUGGAGUCCCUGGGGGCCCAGGAAUUCACGGUCAAGGCCUCCUACCUGGAGCUGUACAACGAGGAGGUCACCGACCUGCUGGCCCUGGGCAGCGAGCCGCCCAAGGUGCGCAUUCUGGAGGACCGCACGGGCGUGGUGCUAAACGGGCUGGAGGAGGCCCAGGUCCGCUCCGCCUCCGACAUCUUCAGCCUGCUGGACCAGGGCACCGCCAAGCGGCGCACGGCCGAGACGCUGCUGAACAAGCAGUCCUCCCGCUCUCACACCGUCUUCGUCAUCACCGUCAGCGUCAGGGAGAUCCUGGCGGAGGGCGAGGAGGUGAUCCGGGUGGGCAAGCUGUACCUGGUAGACCUGGCCGGCAGCGAGAACAUCACGCGCUCGGGCGCGGUGGAGCAGCGCGCCAAGGAGGCCGGCAACAUCAACAAGUCGCUGCUGACGCUGGGGCGCGUCAUCACCGCACUGGUGGAAGGCCAGGGCCAUGUCCCCUACCGCGACUCCAAGCUGACGCGCCUCCUGCGUGACUCGCUGGGAGGGCGCACCAAGACCUGCAUCAUCGCCACCAUCGCGCCCACCGUGCAGUGCCAGGAGGAGACACUGUCCACGCUGGAAUAUGCGCACCGGGCUAAGAACAUCAAGAACAAGCCAGAGAUCAACCAGAAGAUCUCCAAGACCACGCACUUGAAGGAAAUGAAUGUGGAGAUCGAGAAGCUGAAGCUGAUGCUCAACGCCACGCGCGAGAAGAACGGCGUGUACAUCCCCACCGCCCAGUAUGAUGAGGAGUGCGAGGAGAGGAAGUUCCUGAACGGCAGGGUCCUGGAACUUGAAGAAGCCGCAGAGGCCAGCGGCGCACAGCACGAGGCAGAGAAGGCUGAGCUGGCCGCCGCGGCCGAGAGUCAGCGCCAGGUCCUGGAGCAGCGGCUGGAAGAGGUGGGAAGGUGUGGGGUUGUGAGUGGCUGGGUAGAGACGAGGGAUGGCAAGCCGAGGAACAUGUGGUUGGGGAGCAGCAUGCAUGAGCAGGAGCGGAGGAGAGGCUUUCGAGCACAAUCCACGAGGAGAGGCAUAUGUCUCAGGGAUGUGAAGCCUGCAAAGGGCUGCAUCACAGCCUCGCUCGUCCCCUUGACGUUUCACAAAGCAGGUCGAGGCGGCGGCUGCCGUGCUGCGUGGCGAGCUGGAGGAGGCCCAGGUGCGCAUCGAGGAGCGCGAUCACCUCAUCCUCUGCCAGCAGCGGCACGAGGCGGCGUUGGCAGGUGCGGGGCAGUGUGUAGGAGGGGAUACGACGGCACCUUGGUCGUACCCGCAGGACUUCCUGCAGCAUGA